AAGAAAACACACACAAAAACAGAGCAGAGCACAAAUCCAUAGAAAAGAAUAUAAAAGGUGGGAUAGGGUCACUGCUGGCUUUACUGUAAGUACUACUUGAAAUACUCUAAGAAAGAGAAAAACAAGAAAGCAAGCAAAAUUUUGGACUUUAUAUUUUUGGCUCUUUAGCAUUUAAUUCAUCAAAUGCUUUUCAAGGUUUUCCUUAUAGCAUUUAUUCCCACUUUGAUUGUGCAAUAAUUCCCUCAGGAUCUGUAAAAUUUAAGCCACAAAGUUUUAUUGGGUCACCGCUUGAGAAAAGGUGCAGUCUUUUGUGUUUAGGAAGAAAGAGAGAGAGAGAGAGAGAGAGAGAGAGAGAGCACAAGCAGGCAGAGGAAAGGCAUGGAGGUGGGUCAGAUGCAGAGAACAUGGGUUGAAUAUACAAAGUCCUUGUUCAGGGAGGGUAUUCUUGAUGGUCAGUUUACACAGCUUCAGCUACUGCAAGAUGAGAGUAACCCAGAUUUUGUUGUUGAAGUUGUGUCUCUUUUCUUUGCAGAUUCUGAGAGGCUUCUUAAUGAACUCACUAGUGCUUUAGAUCAGCAAAUUAUAGACUUCAAAAGGGUUGAUGCUCAUGUGCACCAGUUGAAGGGUAGCAGCUCCAGCAUAGGUGCGCAGAGGGUUAAAAAUGCUUGCGUUGCUUUCCGCAACUUCUGUGAGGGGCAGAAUCCUGAAGGGUGCCUGAAAUGCCUGCAGCAAGUAAAGCAAGAGUAUUAUCUUGUGAAGAACAAGCUUGAAGCUCUAAUCAGGUUGGAGCAACAAAUUGUGGCAGCUGGUGGGUCAAUUCCCAUGGAAGAAUUGAGCUUUUAAUGGUAUCAACUAAAAUUGGGGAGGACCACUGUAGAGAAACUUUUUGGUUUUUGUGUCUUACUCUUCUCUAACCAUAAGGUUCUGUUUAAUUGAACGGGGUUGUGCUUGUAUGAGUUUUGUGAAGAUAAAAGAGUCUCAUCUACUGUCACUUCUCAUUUUGAUCUUCAAUGGUCAAGAGAAUCUUUCCUGUUUGUGUU